UAAUACAAAUUCGGGAAGAAAGUGAGCCUUUGGAUGCCCCACUACUCGCUCAUCCACGAUAUUAUUGUUUGGAGCAUAAAUGCUACGUUAUUUUGGGUGGACUUGGCGGAUUUGGUUUAGCUAGCAGAUUGGUUGACUCUUCGAAGUGCAAAAAAUCUGGUAUUAACAUCACGAACCGGGAUCAGAACAGGUUAUCAGCAAUCAAGAGUAAAGCUAUGGCGAUCUUACGGUGUGGAUGUACAAAUUGUUACAGUGGAUGAUAAUUUGAAACAUGAAGAUUGUGAAUCUAUAUUAAAAUUUGCUGAGGAUAGCACCAGUGGACGCUAUAUUUAAUCUUGCAGUUGUUUUAAAAGAUUGUAUAUUCCAAAAUCAAUCACCGCAAACGUUCGAGGAUUCAUUCAAAUCGAAAGCAUGCGGAUGACGAAAAAAAUGGACGAAUUGUCGAGGAAGAUCUGUCUACAACUUCGACAUUUUGUCGUUUUUUCCUCCGUGUCGUGUGGAAGAGGAAACGCAGGCCAGACAAAUUAUGGGAUGGCUAAUUCCGUAAUGGAGAGAAUUUGUGAGAAGAGGAUGGAAGAAGGAUUACAUGGUUUAGCGAUACAAUGGGGUGCUGUUGGUAAUGUCGGACUCGUGGCAGAUAUGCAAGAAGAAAAUAAGGAAUUGGUUAUUGGAGGUACAUUGCAACAACGAAUAUUUUCCUGUUUGGAGACAUUAGAAGUAUUUCUGUUACAAGAUCGACCUGUCGUAAGCAGUAUGGUUGUUGCUGAAAAAGCAAAAAUUGGCGGAUCAAUGAAUAUUUCUGAAACGGUUGCUCAUGUCAUGGAUCGCAAUUGAUAUUUAGAAGAAAAAGGAGUUGUUUUUUCCGAAAAUCUAGUCAGCUAUAAAGUGGGAUAUCUGAAAGAAAGAAAGAGAAGAAAUUGCUUGAUAAAGGACCCAAACUUGAAGGUCGUAAAGUCGUUUUUUAUAUACUGAUUGCCAAUUGUUGUUGAGAAUAAUAAACAUUUUCUGUUUAGAGCAUUACGUUGACUUUUUUAGACA